AUGGUGAACACGGGGAUGCAGCUGAUUAGUUUCACCUGCGCGGUCACCGGGUGGGUGAUGGCUAUCGCCGUCACCGCCUUGCCCCAGUGGAAGGUGACGGCCUUCAUCGGCAGCAACAUCCUCACUUCCGAAAUCGUGUGGCAGGGCAUUUGGAUGAACUGCAUCUACCAGACCACGGGUCACAUGCAAUGUAAGACCUACGACUCCAUGCUGGCUCUGCCGCCCGACAUCCAGGCCGCCCGCGCCCUCAUGUGCCUGGCCAUCUUUUUGGGAUGGCUCUCCUGCACCGUGUCCUGCUGCGGAAUGAAGUGCACCACCUGCGCCGGGGACGACCGCCGCGCCAAGGCUGGCAUCGCUCUGACCGGGGGCAUCCUCUUCAUCUUGACGGGCCUGUGCGUCCUGGUGCCCGUCUCGUGGACGGCCAACACGGUGGUACAGGACUUCUACAACCCUAAUGUGCCCUUGCAGCACAAGCGGGAGCUCGGCCAGGCCAUCUACCUGGGCUGGGCGGCGGCGGUGAUCCUAAUGAUCAGCGGCGCGGUUCUCAGCAGCACCUGCCCGCACAUGGAGAGAGGGGGCUACAGAAGGGGCUACAUGGGCCGUAGCUUUGCUAAUACCCGACCCACGGCCCCGGAGCCGCCCAAACCAAUAACCACAAACAGUUUGCCGCUGAAGGAGUAUGUGUGA